AUGGCCGAGGAAUGGAGGAGUAUGCUAAACGAUUCCGAAGACUUUCCUUCCCAAGAACUGACAAUGAGAUCUUUAUUAGACUGCCUGUUCUUCGGCUCGAAAGUCCUCGACGAGAUCUACGCCGGAUGGUCGUCCUCUGGAUCGUUGUCCGAUCGAAGAGGAUCCGCGAGAAAUUGGCGGAGGAGCGGAGACGAAACGCAGCGUGACGAUACUCGGCCGGUUGCGAUCAACAGGUUAAUUCUUCGCAGGGAAACCGAAGCGACUGGUAAUCUCGCAGGAUCGGGUCCUUUAUCCUCGCUGUUGGCAGACGAAUUUUCCGAAGUGCACGUCAUCGGCGUCUUCUUCUGCCGAGCGUCGCGCCAUUCUUUAACGACGACGCGCAAAAGCAUCAGAAGACUGGAGUGCUUGGGCGCGGAGAUGAAAAUUCAAUCCGGGCCGGAAGGUAGGCGCGUAGCUCGGAGGGAACUCCUGGCGACCAGGCACAACAAAGAGUCUCGCGUUUCAUCGUCGCUCUGGAAGCACAAUGAGCUCGGCAGAGGCUUCUACCUUCUCUUGGUAGAUUAA